CUGAAUCGGUGUACAUAUUAUCGGGCUAUUAUCAGAGCCUCUCCAGUUUAUAUUAUUGGUGGGUCUGGCCCCCCUCCUCUGUCUCUUGCAUCCCUGCAUCCCUCCCUCUCUCCCCUCCCGGCAGUGCAUCCCCAUCCCCCACACUGUGGCCGUCUCUCCGGGUGAAAGCUGUCUUCCCAGCGCCACUGGCCCGACAAAACGCUGCUGUAGCAGAGCCAGUCCGCACCGACCCGAGGCAGCACACUCACACGGGAGAGAGCACGUACACAUUCGGGGAAUCUUUCCUUUUUUCCCUUCCGUGAUCGACCGAGUAGCUUUGAUUUGCAUAUCCACUUCCACUCCUUCCUCAUUUGCAUACAGCAAGAAUGGCGAGCGGGCAUCCCACAGACAAAUUCAGUUUCAUGUAUCAACCAGACACGCACAAGAGUAAGAACAGGUUAUCUUCAGCUAUGAAUCCAGUCUACAGCCCUGUCCAGCCUGGAACUCCAUAUGGAAACCCCAAGAAUAUGGCCUUCACAGGCUAUCCAGGGGGGUAUCCUGCUACAGCUCCUACCUACACCAACCUGUACCAAACAGGCAGUCCUGGGUAUCCACCAG